GUAGAAAUAGAAUUUGAACCAAAAGCGAAAGACAGCAGAGCUGAAUAUCAUUGCGGUGGCAAAAAAUAUGAGAAUAAAAGUCUGGAGAACUUUUGGAAGGCUUUAAAGGAUACGAAUUUUAAUGCUGAUGAUAGAUUCUUCCAAUUGUCUGAGGAUGCCCAUUUUUUUGGAAGUAAUGGAGAACCUUCGACACUGUUCAUUCGUAAAUGCUACAAUGACCUGCUCAAUAUUGUUUUAGAUAACAAUAUAAGAAAAUUACGUAUAUCGAGUAGUCCAGGAAUCGGAAAAACCUUUUUUGGCUACUACCUACUUUAUCACCUCGCAUCUUUAAAUAAAAUAAUCCUAUACGACACUAAUACCAAGAGUGUAUCAAAUAGUGUUAUGUUAUUUGAGCAGGAAAGAGCCUGCUAUCUACACAGAGAAAGUGAUUCUAGCAAAAUUAGAAUAUACCUAAAUAAUCCUAACGUUUGGUAUAUUGUAGAUGAUAAAAAACCAGAUGAUGUUGAUGCCAAGACAAUUCUCAUCUGUUCACCCGUGUGGAGUCAUUAUAAAGACUUUGAUAAUUACUUCGGGACGGAAAUACGGUACAUGCCAGUGUGGGAGUGGGAGGAGAUCGAAGCAUGCAGGGAUGUGAUGCAUAAUCAUCUUGGAAAAUCCGAGGUAAAACAGUUGUUUCUGAGAUGGGGAGGGAUCCCUCGAUUCGUCCUGGAAAAGGCUCGCAAUCCAACUCAGCAACGCAUGCUCGAAAAGGCAAUUUCUGUAUGUGACGAAAAGAUAUUUAAUUAUAUUGGUGGAAGCGGUAGCGGAGAUGGUAUCAGUCACAAACUUAUUCAUAUCUGCACGAACCCUCUGAUUGAUAGAAGCGAUGAGGAUGGAAGCGAUAUAGAAGUCGAAAGUGAUGAAGAGGUUGAAUAUGUUAAUGAGGAACCCUAUACACUACAAAGUAUAGCAUUUGCAUCUGAUUAUGUGGGUGAAAUAAUGACCGAGAAACUUAAAUCAUCAAUAUUAGGCAAAUCACAAACACAAUUUGAACUAAGCUUUAUGAUGAAUAUAAUUUUCGAGCAGAUGGCUCACCGGAUAUUGCGAAAUGGAGGAACUUUCAAAGUUCGUUCUCUAGAAUCUAGUAAAAAUAAAAGAUCAACACAAAAUGUGAAAAAUCAGAACGAGAUACUUGGGUUUUCUACAAUUCUAACAAUCGAGGAUGGAAAGUACUAUCGACCAGCUAAUAAAAAUUUUCCAUCGAUUGGUGCGAUUAUUGCUCCCGAUAUUCUCUUCCAGAUGACUGCCGCCAGAAAUCUUCCUAUUAAUAUUAUUGGUCUGAUGAAGCUUUAUAGUAAAUUGGGAGCUACGGGUGAAAUCUCCUUUUAUUUUGUUGUACCAGCUGAGUUAUACGAUCAAUUUCAAAAACAGAAAUUUGUCAUCACUGAUAGUGCUAAUGUUAGGAGAAUGCCAGGUUGGAUUAAAACUCGCGUAAAGCAAUACGCUCUGAGAAUUGAUUUAAGCUCUGAAAGUUUAUCAAGUGGGAGUUUACUAAAAAGAAGGGAUAAUUCAUUAGGAGAAGUUGGUUCGUCAAAAAAAGUGAAAAAAUAG